AAAAAAUGUUGAUGUAGAAUUUUAUCGAUAAACUGACCAUAAUGGUAAAAAGUCCUCUAUCCUUUAGAUUACGACAAAAUGCGCCGCCACCGAAACGCAAGGAAACCCGCAAAGAAGGGAAUAAAAAACCAUCAAAGUGCCCGCCGCCCAAAAUCGAGCAAAGUAAAGUGGAAGUAGCCGCGCCGAGUCCUCUGGUUUAUCCUGGGGGAGAUACGGCAUUUAAGGCUUUAUUAUCGGCCCGAUUUUGCGCUGCUAUCUGGUCUCACAUAUCAGACUGUGAUGAAACGUAUAAUUUUUGGGAACCAUUGCAUUAUUUAGUGUUUGGAAAAGGUCUACAAACAUGGGAGUACAGUCCAGAAUAUGCGUUACGAUCUUAUACAUACUUAAUGUGUCAUGCAGCUCCAGCUUAUAUUUACCAAAAAAUAUUUCAACCAAACCCGUUACUUAUGUUUUAUUUCAUUAGAUGUAUUUUAGGAUUAACAUGUGCUUUUGCAGAAGUAUUUUUUUAUAAGGCUGUGUGUAAAGAAUUUGGAGUACAUGUAGGAAGAAUAUGUUUCACAUUCCUAAUAUUUUCGGCGGGAAUGUUUAUAUCCAGCACAGCAUUUCUCCCAUCAAGCUUUACCAUGUACACAUUUACAGCCGCUAUGGCAGCUUGGUGGCAGCAAAAAUAUGCUCUGUCAAUAUUUUUGACAGCACUAGGCUCACUUUUGGGCUGGCCCUUUGUGGCUUGGCUUGGAAUUCCCAUUGCUUACGAUAUGUUGAUUAGGAAAAAGAAGUAUUUAGAUUUUUUUGCAUGGUCUGCAAUCUCAUUGGCUGUUAUUUUGAUACCAAUGGUGAUAAUUGACUCUGUACAGUAUGGAAAAUUAGUUGUGGCACCUCUGAAUAUUGUUUUGUACAAUGUUUUGGGUGGACAUGGGCCCAAUUUGUAUGGUACUGAGCCAUUCUCAUUUUAUUUCAUUAAUGGAUUUAUUAACUUUAAUUUUAUAUGGGUGUUUGCUUUGGCAAGUCCUCUGGCACUGUUACUAAAUUAUUUCUUUGUGCCAUCAAAACAUCGAUCAACAUUAUGUCUACCUUGCUGGUUAUCUUUGAGUCCAAUGUUUUUGUGGCUUUUAAUUUUUUGCAUACAACCUCACAAGGAAGAAAGGUUUCUGUUCCCAAUUUACCCUAUGAUAUGUCUAAGUGGGGCCAUAACUUUGGACAUUUUGCAAAAACUGUACUUUAGAGUACUUGGGUUGAUACAAAAAAUACCCAAUGGUAGUCACUAUUUGGAUAAAACCAUAAUUUACUCCUUAAUAGUUUUAAUUAUAACAUCAUUAAUGGGUGUUUCAAGAAUUUAUGCCCUCUACAAAAACUACCACGCUCCCCUGGAUGUAUUGAUGGAGGUAAAUCGUUUUCCCCUCGAGAACAAUGUGCCGGAAAAAUCUCAAGUUAAUGUAUGCUUGGGUAAAGACUGGCACAGAUAUCCGAGCUCAUUUUUUUUGCCCAAUUCAAACUGGAAUGUAAAAUUAAUAAAGUCCGAGUUCAAAGGGAUCUUACCAGCCCCAUAUUCAGAUGGACCCAAUGCAACAAAACUCAUCCCAAAACAUUUUAAUGAUAGAAAUGAGGAAGAACCAAGUUUAUACUUCAACGUUAACAAAUGUCAUUUACUGGUAGAUUUAGAUUUGGGCAAAGAAACUGAGUUUGAACCGAAUUAUGCAAAACAAAAAGACCAUUGGAAGGUUAUUAAAACAUACCGAUUUUUAAACUCGGAAAAGUCUAACAAGUUUUUUAGAGCCUUUUAUGUGCCAUUUUUAAGCCAUGAUGGUGAUUACGUUACUUUUGCUGAUUUUAACUUGUUGCAGUCAACAAGGUUAAAAGUGAAAAAUAAAUAAGACCAAAAUUUAGCUAAAAUAAGUGAUAACUGAGUAAUAAUUAGUCUGUUUAAUUUAGUUUUUUAUGUAUCCACCAAAUUUAGAGCAAUAUACUGUUCUAGUCAUUUUAAAUAAAGCAUUGCAACAAAUAAGAAUUUUGCAAAAUUGUCUUGGGUAAAUAAAUUCUAUAAAAAAUGUACCAAAGAGGUGUGUACUAUGCUACACACCUAAAAGUCCCACUUUGACAUUUCAUACAAAUAAUUGUUAGUUUAACGAUAAUUUCCUUUAGUUUUUAUACUUAUUCUAAAUUAUGGUAUAUUAUUAUAUGAGUGAUAAUGUGCAUAAUCUCAAGUUUAAUUUUAUACUUUAUC